AUGACUAUGACAAUACAAAUCGUUUUCUACCAAAGAAUUCGUAUCCGAAGACAAAACAUACCUCUUCCUGCGCAUUUCUCCUUCCGGAGUCACCCACUCCAUGUCGGACUGACCACCACCCCGCAACCCCUACCGCCACUGCCCAAGCAUAACCGCUGGCUCGUCACCCUCCUGAUCACAAUCUUUCUCCCUGUGUUCGCGGCUGUUGUCAUCUACCAAUAUGAGUCCUCCGAUCCCGCCGAGCUACCCAUCCAUGAGAUAACCAGCCGCCCUGCGGCAACAGCACCAAGGGUGAACAGCCACAUGUUGGAGGGCUCCGAGCGGCUGGGCGAGGGAAAACUGCUGGGCCCAGAAGACUUGGCAUACGACCCCGAAUCGGGCCUGAUCUACACGGGCUGUGAUGACGGAUGGAUCAAGCGAGUCAGGGUGAACGACUCGGUGGUGGAGGAUUGGGUCAACACGGGUGGCCGGCCCCUCGGGCUCGCUCUCGGUCGGCAUGGUGAACUUAUUGUGGCGGACACCGAAAAGGGACUUCUGAGAGUGAGUGAAAAUGGUAGUGUGGAGUUGUUGACAGAUGAGGCGGAGGGUGUGAAGUUUAAGCUGACGGACGGCGUGGACGUCGCGGAAGAUGGGAUCAUAUACUUCACUGACGCUUCUUACAAGUACCGCCUCAAAGAUUUCUUCUCGGACCUACUAGAGGGUAGGCCCCACGGCCGGUUCAUGAGCUUCGAUCCCGUGACCGGGCGAACAGAUGUUCUGGUACGAAACCUCUACUUUGCCAACGGAGUGGCCGUGUCGCCGAAUCAGGAUUUCGUGGUGUUCUGUGAAUCUUUCAUGAGUAGAUGCCUACAAUAUUACAUAAGCGGUGAGAAAAAGGGAACUGUUGAUAAGUUCAUCGAACAUUUACCUGGACUACCUGAUAACAUCCGGUAUGAUGGAGAAGGCCAUUUUUGGAUUGCAUUACCCACGGAGCUUAGCCUUCAAUGGAAGUUGACGUUGAAGUAUCCUAUCAUCCGGAAAGUGCUCGCGAUCUUGGAGAAGUACCUCAAGCGACCACAACUGGAGAAGAACGCCGGAGCCUUCACAGUUGAUCUAGAAGGAAAUCCAGUUGCACGAUAUUGCGAUCAAAGACUGAUUUAUAUAACGGGUGCCACAAAGAUUGGGAACUACUUGUAUUGUGGCUCCCUUGUCUAUCCUUACAUUAUCCGUCUCGACUUGACCAUACAUGGCGCCUGUUGAACUGCAAUCUGAUCAAGAAGCCUUUACCCGGAUCUUGAGCACUUCGAUUAGAGUGGAUUUUCAUUUUCAACAUAAUAAAUGAAGUGCAAAAUGUAGUCUCUUGUUAGAGAACUUAUAUAUCUCCAAGAGUUCGUAUUACUAUGGUUUAAUUGAUUGUGCAAGAUGUGAAUUUAUAUAUUGUUUUCGCAAUACAAUUAUGAUCUUAUGCGUGUA